CAUUUAGCUAGCCAUACACACAAAAGCACAAGUAACCAAUAAAAUGUCCAGUGUCAUGCAAUUCCUAGAGCAAAAAUUCACCUUAUUCCAACCAUUAUCCUUCUCACUCCUCCUCUUUCUUUCCCUCCCUUUCCUUCUCAAAUGGCUCCUCUCCACCACCACCACCACCAAAAAAAACCUUCCGCCAUCACCACUAAAGCUCCCCAUCAUCGGAAACCUCCAUCAACUCGGCCUCUACCCCCACCGCUCCCUCCUCUCCCUCUCCAAACUCCACGGCCCCGUCAUGCACCUCCACCUCGGUUCCUCCCCGGCCGUCGUUGUCUCCUCUGCCGCCGCUGCCAAAGAAAUCAUGAAAACCCAUGACCUAAUUUUCUCAAACCGCCCCGAAUUCCGAAUCAACCGAAAGCUCCUCUACGACCUGAAAGACGUCUCGGUCGCCCCCUACGGCGAGUACUGGAGGCAAUUAAAAAGUAUCUUCGUCCUCCAACUCCUCAGCACCAAAAGGGUUCAGUCCUUUCGCCCCGCUCGCGAAGCAGAAACAAUAAACAUGUUAGAUUUCAUCGAAAAAUCGUGCAUUUCAUCACCAUCAUCGCCACCGUUGAAUCUGAGCGAGAUGUUUUCGUGGCUGACGAGCGACGUCGUGUGCAUGGCGGCGUUUGGGAAGAAGUAUAGGGUUGGGGAGAGAGGAGAGAAGUUUCAGAAGCUUUUGAGGGAGUUUGUGGGGCUUGUGGGUGGUUUUGAUGUGGGUGAUUUUAUUCCUUGGCUUGGAUGGGUGAGUCGACUCAGUGGGAAAGAUGGUGAAGUGGAUAGAGUUGCUAAAGAGCUUGAUGAGUUCUUGGACUCAGUGGUUCAAGAGCAUGAAGAUAGAAUGGUGGAAUGUGGAGGAGAGAGUGAUGAAAGUAAAGAGGACUUUGUUGAUACAAUGCUUAAGAUUCAAAGGGAUAAUAAGUCUUCUGUUACUAUUGAUAGAGAUAGUAUCAAAGCUUUGCUUUUGGUAAGUUUGAUUACCAUCCUAACUUUGAAAAGAGUCGUUUUAGUCUUUUGUUUGGGGAAAAAUAUUUUUCGAUGUUUGUUGUGAUUUUUUUUUUAAAAU